UCUUCUCCAUCCGGGAAACAAAUCCCACCGACCUCGAUAGAUUGCCUCCUACCCCUCCCCUUCCCCACCUUCCGCCACCAGCCAGCCAGCUCCGGCCAAAUCCCGAUCGCGAUGAACGCGUCGCAGUUCAUGGACAAGCAGAUCCUCGGGCUCGCGGCGGCGGGCGCGGCAUCCUCGCCUCCCUCCGGUGGCAGCGGCGGCGGCGGCCAGCUGUUCGAUCUGAUGGGCCCCAACCCGCAAGAGGACGACGUGGUGGAGAGCCACGACCUCCACGCGCGCCGCGGCGCCAGUGCCACGGAGGAGGUGAUGGUGCCCAGCUACGACUUCCAACCCAUCCGCACCCCCGCCGCCGCCGUAGCCCCAGCGGCCCCUGCCCCGGCCGCGGCGAACGCUUGGGGGUCGCUCGACGCCAAUGCCGCGUCCCCCAAACAUAAGAGUGCUGCUAUGAUGGAGCCUCGUGUGCUGAAGAAAGUUAGUCAUGAAGAAGAAAGGAGCAACUUCAAUGCAGUCACUAUAGCAGAUAUUGAUCGCACCAUGAAGAAAUAUGCUGAUAACUUGCUACAUGCAAUGGAAGGUGUAAGCUCCAGACUUGCACAGCUGGAGGGCAGAACACACCAUCUUGAGGACUCUGUUGGCGAGUUGAAGUUAACAGUUGGUAACUACAACGGCAGCACUGAUGGAAAACUGAGGCAAUUUGAGAACACACUGCGGGAGGUUCAAGCAGGUGUGCAGAUUUUGCGUGACAAGCAGGAAAUUGUUGAGGCCCAGGUUCAACUUACGAAGCUUCAAGUGUCUAAAGCAGAGGAUGUUGUUUCAGAAAAUGCCAGUGCUGGGCAGGUGGACUCAAGGCAGCAGCCGCCUGCGCCCCAGCCAACUGUUCAACCACAACAUCAGGCCUAUCCUCCUUCCCAACCAACGGGACUGCCUGCCCUUCCUGCUCCAAAUGCGCCCCCUCCACCAAUGGUUCACAACCAACCUCCGCCGCAAUUCCAAGGUCAUUUACCGCAUCCUCAAAUGCAAUCAGUCGCACCUGCUCCAUCUGUUCCGACCAUAUCGCAGGAAUCCUACUAUCCCCCAUCCACACAGACAACAGAGGCUGCACACCAGCAAUAUCAAGCACCACCAGCUUCGCAGCCACAAGCACCUCCAGCAGCACCACAACAUUAUCAGCACCCGCCUCAGUAUGCUCCAUAUUCUCAACCUCCGCCGCCUGGAAGUGUUAACCCCCAAACUCCAGCCGCACCCUUGCCCCAUCAGCCAGAAGAAGCAGCACCUUAUGGGCCUCCUGCUCAGAGCUACCCACUGAAUGUCCGCCCGCCGUCCCCUUACAUGCCACCACCCAGUGGACCUGUUCCUCCUUUCUAUGGGCCAAACCCUGGCAUGUACGAGCCUCCAGCAGUCAGGCCUAACUCCGGUCCACCACCGCCCUACAGCGCUGGAUACAAGCAGCAGGGAGGAGGCGGUUUUCCUGAGCAGUAUGGAUACAGCGGGUCUCUGUCUCACCGUGGUAAUGCUGGAAUGAACUCGCCUUCACCCUUUGCCCCCACUGGCCCCUCCUCGGCUGGAAGUGGCAACUACGGCAAGCUCCCUACAGCUCAAAUACUGCCCCAAGCAGCGCCAGUGAGCUCUGCUCCGAGUGCCUCGCCCGGCAACAGGGUGGCGGUCGACGACGUGGUGGACAAGGUUUCAACGAUGGGGUUCUCAAAGGAGCAAGUGAGGGCGACUGUGCGCAGGCUGACAGAGAACGGUCAGAAUGUGGACCUGAACGUGGUGCUCGACAAGCUGAUGAACGACAGUGAUGCGCAGCCUGCCCAGAGAGGCUGGUUCGGGCGAUAAAAGCCCAGCUGCUAGUCGUGGAGCAGCAUGUGUAUAUGAUCGAUGAGCGAACACCUAUGGAACCAAUUCGUGCAUUCACGAGGGAUUUCUUAUUUGUCAGGUUUCUCGUUUGCUGCUACCGUACAGUUAGUGUUAGCUCUUUUGUUAACUAGUGCCCUAGUGAUUGCUAUCCAUUGUCAGUUUGACUAGUGUGUCUGCAAGUGUUAUUGUCGUCAAGUACUAUUGUUGAUGACCUGUGAAACUAGCUCAUGGCUGCCUUAUCUUU